AUGUUUCCAUUCGCAAUCUAUUCAGUCUGUCUGGGUUCGAGUGAACCGAGCGGACUUGGUACUUUGUUCUUAAUUUUGAUUCGCUUGCUUAGGAGAACUAACACUGGCGGUGAUGCAGACGAAAACGAGGAACGUCUGCACAGAUCCAGUCAACUGUUACCGUCACUACGUUGCUUUUUUCCAAGAGACAACCUGGAGGUACCACUUAAUUUCCUACAGAACCACGGUCUACCUACCGAUACUGUCUGCCCAAGUCCAAUUCAAUAUAUUGUUCACUGCCCGAUUGCGACCAGUGAACAAACGCAGCGGUUCACCGGUGUCCAAUGGUUAGAUCCCAAAAACUUUGUCACAACCUACUACACCAAUUUCGCUGCCUUCAAAGACAACGAGUGCAAUGAUAUGGACAUGUGUUGCGGGCGAAUGAUGUCCAAGCCUUCAAGCAAACGUUUACACAACGUUGCCAUGGUUGGCACCGUCACUCCAGGGGAUAAAUAA